AGAAGGUCUAAGUGCCCUUGGGCUACUGGAUGAGCUGGUGGCCCACCCUAGGGAAUUUGAGAAAAUUUUCCUAAAAAGCACCACCAAAAUCACUGCAGCAGACAUCAUGGAGCUGUUCAAGCCACAGUUCACCUCACCAAGAGGCUCCAAUAACAGGAGAAAAGAGGCCAGGGCAGUUGGAUUCUGGAGAGAUUGGCUUUUGGAAGUGGAAGGUGGAGGUGCGGCUCCAAUCUUCCUGCCACAUGUUCUAAUAUUUGGAACAGGAUUAGAGAGAAUCCCACCUAUGGGAUUUUCAACACAGCCGGAGCUAUCCUUUCUUCAUGAGGAUGAGGAACUAUCAAUGUUCCCAACAGCCAACACUUGCUCUCUGAUCAUAAGACUUUCGAUAAAAAAUACGUACUCCGAAUUUAAAAACGCAAUGGAGAUGGGCAUUGGAAAUUGUGAGCAGUUUGGUAUGCAGUAAAUGUCUGUAUCUGUAAGUUUUUCUGUUAUACGGUGUUUACAUGGAAAGGUCUUGCUUUAAGUUAUUUUUUAAUUUUUAUAGUACAAUAUGUUUCCUAUUUAAGUUUACCAAAAUUUUCCAGUAAAUGUUUUCUUUCUGUAUUUCUAAAUAUGAUUUGCCAGGUUAUAUUGUUAAUUGAAUUGUUGGCUUAGUUUUACUUUGAAAUCGAAUUCUAACA